AUGACUUCAACUAUUCUACCAACCCUCAAGAGAUGGGUCACAGCCCUCGCCGAGACCUACUUCUGGCUCUUCGCCCUGUACCUCACCAUGUGGUUCACGAUGGCCUUCGGCAAGAUUCUGGUCUGGCUGAUUCUGCUGAUCUUGGGCUACCGUGACGGUCAAGGCCCGGUCUGCGGUUCGCCGGCCUGGUUGUUGGAUAUCUACUUCCCCGAGGAGGAGAUCGUCGCGGGCGUUCGGUUCGGAGUCUUCCUGUUCUUCGUUGCUUGCUGGGUCGGCAUCUUGUGA